UGGUUGAAUGGUCGUAACUGCGCAUGCGUAUGCUGUCGUGAGUGAAUGCAGCAUUUCGACGUUUUGUCCUGCUGACAGCGGGAGAGACGAAGUACUUUCUGGUCUUUUCUUUUAGCACUUUAAACCAUCAGCGUUGGUUGUACAACUGUCGGGUCAUUCAGCCUUAUAAUAGUGGACUUGGUCUGUACAAACUUAACUCUUGAUAAUGCCUCGGGGCGGUAAAAAGGGCCACAAGGGUCGAGGGAAGCAAUUCAGCAACCCUGAAGAGAUUGACAGGCAGAUGAAAGCGCAGAGGGAGCUGGAGGAAAAAGGGGGAGCAGAGAAAGGCAGCUCUUCUGAGUCUGACGAAGAGAGCAGCAGUGAAAGCGACUCUGAGUCCAAAAAGAAGUGUGGAGUUGAGGGGCUUAUAGAGAUCGAGAACCCCAACCGUGUGUCUCAGAAGAGCAAGAAGGUGACUGAAUUAGACAUUACUGCUCCCAGAGAGCUGUCUCGCAGAGAGAGAGAGGAGAUAGAGAAGCAGAAGUCAAAGGAACGCUACAUGAAGCUCCAUCUUGAGGGGAAGACUGACCAGGCCAGGGCCGACCUGGCCAGACUGGCCAUCAUCAAGAAACAGAGGGAGGAUGCUGCCAAGAAGAGAGACGAACUCAGGAAAGAAAAAGAUGCCGAAGAAGCCAAAGGAAAGCGCUAGUCUUCAUCUGACAGCUUCGACGUGCACUUAAGUCUCAGCGUGGAGAAAGGGGGAGGGGACCAAUUCGAGUGGCGUCAGAUCAGGGUUGCUCCUGAACUCAUGUCCCUCAUUUCAAAUCAGAGGGGCGUGAGUCUUCCAUGACAGUGUGGUCAGGACAGGGAAAACGGGUGGAGCAAAGUGAGAUGAAGAGGAAAUGCAACAUUUGGGAUGCCUCUAGUUUUCUUUAAUAAUCGCAGGUUUUCCAAGUGCUUCACUGCCUCUCUUCUCUUUCCCCCACUCACGAUGGUUUUAAUUCUAAAGCUGCUGAAGUUAUUUCCAUUGUUCUUUUUUGAUUUAUACAACUUUACAAGGUUACCUAAUUAAGUUUACUUAAUGACCGAGCAAAUAUAACGGUGAGUGUGCACGAGAAUUUUUUUGGUGCUUUACUUUUCCUUCGUUGUCACCUGCUUUGUAAGAAAAUACAAAUCAGUGACAGAUGGAGGAAAGAACACUAUUCAGAGGAUAAACUCAUAUAUAGGAAUUAUACAGUGUAGUUUAGUAUUUGGAUAUGUUGCACAAGAUAUUGGUAUAAUUUUCUAAAGAUGUAAAAGUUUGUUUUUUUUUUUUUUUUCAUCCAAACUCAGAGUCAUCUGCUAUUUCCACCAGCUUCAUAUUUGUCCCCUUCACCCCCUUUUUUUUCAAUUUACAGUCGGAAGACUGAGCUGCCAUCAUACCACAACACAUCUAGAAGUUUGGAAAUAUUUGGCUUUUUUGCUUUCUUAUGCAUCAUUUCCCCGAUUCUACACUUUCCUCACCUGAGUCAUCUUUUUCCUGUCACUUCUGUUUUGUACUCCUUUGCUCAAAAACAACAGGAAUAUUACUUGAAUUGCCUAUAAUAAGCAUUUUUAAGUUGUCAAACAUCAGGGCUGGAAAGCAUUGUCUCGUACCACCUCAGUAACUGUGGCCUCGCCCUGUUUCUGAUUGGGUCUCUGUGGUUCUGUUGGAGGGAGGGAGUGUGUCUUUGUUGCCUUUUUCAAAAUGUGCACAGGCCAGUUCACUGUCACCUGUAAUUGAAGUAGUACAAAGAACCCACUCCGAGUUAGUUUAUUAGGUACACCCACAAAGGUGCACAUGAUGAACUGGUAACUCUAUGUGGGGGAUUUGGAGAUGCCUUGAUCAGGAAAUCAGUGUUCCCUAUAAUAUCAUAAUGUGGAAGUAGCUGACAGAACAACCUGUUGGAACCACGAAGUGUGAGAAAUGUAGCCUCAGCGUAAAAUGAAUUCCUCAAGUUUUCCAUCAUGUAUUUGAAGUCAUUUUUAAAAAAUAAAUUCAUUAAUAAAUAAAAGGCUAUGUCAUGAUUUA